AUGUCCAGAGUUGAUGACCUGGGAAAGAAUUUUUUUUACAAUAGUAAAGAAGAACUGGUCCUUGCUGUUGGCUUGUGGAAUAUGAAGCAAGGCACUGACGCAAAAGUUGGCCGCUUAGAUCAGGGACGCCUCUAUUUCAAGUGCAAACACUCUGAGAAAUGCAAAUUGAAACCAAUCAAGGCACACUCGAAUGUGGUUGCAACUUAUGUGGCAAAAAGAAUACGCGAUGAUGGAGAGAUCAUUAAGCCGAAAUCUAUUAUGGCGGGGUUGAUAAAUGAAUUCGACUUCAGAAUCAAAUAUGAUGUCGCGCUGAGUGCAAGAAAUCUUGGGCUCGAGAUGAUAUACGGUCGAUUUGAUGAUUUGUUCAUUCUGCUGCCAAAAUAUCUUCAUGCCCUACAGCAAGCGAAUCCAGGCACCUUGAUAGAUUUGGAAGUGGACGAAAAGUGUCGGUUCAAGCAUCUGUUUGUUGCUCUUAGGGCUUCCAUCUCACCUUUCUACUUUGAUCUUCGACCAGUUAUUGUGGUCGAUGGUACACACCUGAAGAUGAAGAAUAAUGGUAUUUUGUUCAUCGUCGUGGCAAAGGACGGAAACGAGCAAGUUUUCCCCUUGGCAUUUGGUGUCGGUCCGAUCGAGAAUGAUGAGUCCUGGAAGUGCUUCCUGUCACAUGUGAGAGAAGGAUGCGGCCAGCCCGAUAACUUACUCGUUGUCUCCGAUGUGCAUGUCUCCAUUGCUAAUGCUCACUUGUUGAACAAGAUCAAGGGUUACGGGCAAGCUGUUGUUGAGCUUUUCUGCCAGGCUGCAUAUGCCUACGAGCACUCAGAGUUUACACGUGCAAUGUCGUCUAUGGCUCACUUGAACCCGAGGGCGUACGAGAAGUUGAUGCGCGUAUGCCUUGAGAAGUGGGCACGAUCACAAUGUCCAGUGAACCGCUAUAGUUUUCUUACAUCCAAUGUUGUCGAGUCUUUGAAUGCACGUUUGUUGUGGGCCAGACAUCUUUCCAUAUGCUCCAUGUUAGAGGCAAUCAGAAUGGUUCUGGAGCAGUGGUUCAAUGACAGACUUGUGGCUGCACAAGAGAGCGACGAACUUCUUACUCUGGAGGCAACACAGAAGAUUAGUGCGGAGAUUUCAAAAAGUCGUUGUUACACUACUAAGAGGACCACUGAUAGAAAAUAUAGGGUUCAUGCUGGUGGUCGCCAUUUCAUGGUUGACCUUCAAAGUGAGGCGAACGAGUCAGUCUCCGAUUACGUGGACACUUACUAUAAGCGGAGUUCACUGAUUGACACAUAUUCUAGUGCCGUUAAUCACUUGCCUCCCUUACAGCAUUGGCAAAAUCCUCUUCAAAUUGCAACUAUAACUGUUUUGCAAAAUCUUUCUUGGCGACAAGCUGGUCGACCAAGAGAAUCUCGAGUUCCUUCAGCUGGUGAGAGGCCAAGUCAGAGGACAACUAGAGCGGAGGCAUCAAGUAGUAGUAAAAAAAAAUGA